CGAGAUGCUCGUCCAAAGCCUGCCUCCGGGCCUGCUGGUUUUUCAUGAUGUCAUCCAUUCAUCAUUGUGAGCUGAUUGGCCAGCCCGGGGCUUGGCCAGCUGCCCAAGGCCAGAAGGGAAGAGCGAGAUCCCAGGACAAAUGUGCAGCCGGCCCCUGAGCAUGUGUAGAAAUGUUGACAUCAGUUCCACAUAGAAAGACUUGGCGGAAAUCAAAGAAGACAGUACAAGUCACAAGAUCUUUUCCAACCUUCCCUUCCCUGAAUGCCUGGGAAGAAUUCAGGGGCCUCUUGCCUGUGGAUGGGGAACCGAACCCUGGAGUAGGCCUGGGUGUAGAGGAGGGACUGCUCUGCCAGAUGGUUCAUUCUCCAGAGUUCAACCUGUUUCCUGACUCAGUCGUGUUUGAAAGCAACUUUGUCCAGGUCAAAAGGGGCCGAAACUGGAUAGACAUCAACAAAGCCCCCAACACCGUGGCCCUUGGGGUGACCUCCUCUGUGCCUUGCCUGCCCCUUCCCAACGUCCUCCUCAUGGCCAGAGUCAAAUGGCAUCCGGGGCAGAGCCAGACAUGGAACAGACCAUCUAAAGCUCCAAAGAUUAUCCUGAGGAGGAUUCUCCCAUUGAAAUUUGUGGAGCUCCAGGUCUGUGACCGCCUUCAACGCAUCCUGCGGUUGAGAACAGUCACUGAGAAGAUCUACUACCUAAAACUCCACCCUGACCAUCCAAAGACUGUCUUCCACUUCUGGAUCCGACUGAUUCAAAUUCUGCAGACGGGCCUGUCCAUCACCACCAAAGACCCUAGGAUUCUUGUCACUCACUGCCUGGUACCCAAGAAUUGCUAUAGCCCAUCUGGAAACUCUAAGUUAGUACAGAAGAAACCCCAAGCCUCCCACCCCAGUGAGAGCCUCCUGCAGCUGAUGGCCAAGGGGGAGAGUGAGGCCCUCUCUCAGAUCUUUGCCGACUUGCACCAGCGGAACCAGUUCAGUUCCAGGAGCUGCAAAAAGAUGAAGAUCCACAAGAUCUGCACAGAGAAAUAUACUGCCCGGGAAGACAGCAUCCCUUGUACCCGUGACCUCAGUUGGAGGGAAUCGUUCACUUGUGGAGAGUGGGAAAGAGAGAACCCCUCUGGGCCGCAGCCACUUUCACUCCUCAGCACUCUGGCAGCUUCCACCUGGCCACAGCUGGCCCCAUCCAUAGGUAUGGUGAUGGGGUUGGUCUGGGGGUCUUCAUGGGACAGCACUGGUGCUCAGCCUCAGGACUGGGUCCAGUGCUGAUGGUGAUUUCAGAGC